AUGUCAGUCCACGUGUCACCAGCAGCUGCCGGAGUAAUCCCCCGCGGACAGCAAGAACCGGAGCGGCAAACGCGCGAGGUCAAAGGCGAUUCAUGGGGCAAUCAGUUGCCGGAAAUGCUAGUCGCUUACUAUCGCCAGCAUGGCGUGCACAGUCUGCUGCUCGUUGUUUGUCACGCGGACAUUGCUGCCAUACAUUUGCAAUUGCUGGUGCAACACUUUGCCGCACACAAUUUCUAUGUGCAGGUCAUCACGGAGCGCUGUUUGAACGAUCUGCGUCAUGCCGACAAUGAGACGGACACGCCAGAGGCGCCACCACCACGCAGCUUCCCGGACGUCGACAAUGCAACGCACUGGCAGCUGUCAUUCAAGCUGCCCGCAUUGGCCAACAAACUGGGCAUCCUGCUGCUGCACUUCACCAGUCCCUGUGCCCUGAAUCUGUUGCGCUGGUCCGCUGCCACCGAGCAUAAUUACUUUACGACGAACCGUUAUUGGUUGCUGCUCUCACAGCAUCUGCCGGAUGUCGAGCUGCUCGAGGACGCUGAGAUCUUUAUACCACCCGACAGCGAACUGAAGGUUCUUUGGUAUAACGACACGGAACACUUUACGGCCAGCCUGCUGGAUGUCUACAAAGUUGCUGCCUGGAAGCCCUUGAAGCGUCGCAUCGUUGGACAAAACCUCCGCAAUGCUCGACAUGUUGUUCAUGCUUUGCAGCAUUAUGGCUCGGCGAUUACGUAUCGACAGAAUCUGGAGGGCAUUGUUUUCAACACGGCCAUAGUGAUUGCCUUUCCCGAUCUGUUCAUCGACAUCGAGGACAUGUCACUGCGGCACAUUGAUACGAUAUCCAAAGUCAAUCAUCGCCUAAUGCUGGAGCUGGCCAAUCGCUUAAACAUGAGCUAUAAUACUUACCAGACUGUGAAUUAUGGCUGGCGUCAACCAAAUGGCUCCUUCGAUGGCUUGAUGGGUCGCUUUCAGCGGUAUGAACUGGACUUUGCCCAAUUGGCGAUCUUCAUGCGCUUGGAUCGCAUCGCGUUGGUCGACUUUGUGGCCGAGACUUAUCGCGUGAGAGCAGGAAUUAUGUUUCGGCAGCCGCCACUGUCCGCAGUGGCGAAUAUCUUCUCAAUGCCUUUUCAACUGGAUGUCUGGAUAUCCAUCUUGAUGCUGUUGAUCAUAACCAUUGUGGUGAUGAUGUUGGAAAUGAUCUUCUCGCCACACACACAUCCCAUGUCCUAUUUGGAUUCACUCAACUUUGCCUGGGGCGCCAUGUGCCAGCAAGGAUUCUAUGUGGACGUAAGAAAUCGCUCGGGACGCAUCAUCGUAUUUACCACAUUCGUGGCAGCCGUGUUUCUCUUCACCUCCUUCUCGGCCAAUAUUGUGGCACUGCUGCAGAGUCCCUCCGAUGCGAUACGAUCACUGGGUGAUCUAGGACAAUCACCGCUAGAAAUUGGCGUACAGGAUACACAAUACAAUAAAAUCUAUUUUACCGAGUCCACUGAUCCGGUGACCAAGAGUUUGUACCACAAGAAGAUUGCCAUCAAAGGCGAUCACGUUUAUAUGCGUCCCACCACGGGGAUGGAGAAGAUGCGCACUGGACUCUUUGCCUAUCAGGUGGAGUUGCAGGCGGGCUAUCAAAUAGUCAGCGAUACAUUCAGUGAACCGGAAAAGUGUGGUCUCAUGGAGUUGGAACCGUUUCAGCUGCCCAUGCUGGCGAUACCAACGCGCAAGAACUUUCCCUACAAGGAGCUCUUCCGCAGACAACUUCGUUGGCAACGCGAGGUGAGUCUAGUGAAUCGUGAGGAUCGCAAGUGGAUACCACAGAAGCCCAAAUGUGAGAGUGGCGUUGGAGGAUUCGUGUCCAUCGGCCUCACCGAAUGUCGCUAUGCAUUCGGCAUCUUUGCCUGCGGCGCUGGUCUCAGCUUUCUGCUGUUCCUUACGGAAUUCAUCUGCAAGCACAGCAAAGCCAUCUUUCGCAUUAUUCAGGGCUACACAAUGCAUCGCUAG